UCGAGACCAGCCAUGUACUACUAUCCCAAUGUAUUAAAAUGAUAGCCUUAUAUGCAUGAGGCUGCUAAUAAAAGGUGAGGCAGUUUCUUCUUCUUCUUCUUCUUUAUUUAAAGAUUCAAUAGUCUGCAAAAUACAGAUGAUCAUGUCUUCAUUCAGCAAGCGUGCAAGUUAUGAUCAUGAGCUGAGCCUUGUAUUUAUUGUUGGUGGAUUCUUGAUCAUCUUUGCCCUUCUUUUUCUUCUACCUAUUACAGAUGCAGUGAAGGUAGGAUCAAAGCAACCAAAGUGCGAGGGAAAAUGCUUGAAUUGCACACCUUGCACCCCUACCCUAAUAGCUCCCAUUCAUCAAGCCAAACAAGACUACGGCUAUUAUUUACUUGCAUGGAAAUGCAAAUGUGGAAAUAAGCUUUUCCAUCCUUGAGUUGAUUACUUGAUCAAUUUAACCUCUUUUUGAAUAUUAGUUUUUUUUGUUUAUUUUUACAAACCAAUAAAAGUCCGCGUGUAAUGUAGUAAUAUGGCUGUUGGGAGGGUUUAUGAUUUAAAUUUGAUGAGUUCAAUCUUGAAUAAAAAAAUCAUUUUCUCACCUA